UUCCCAGUGCCACCCAGUAUUGCGUGCGCCUGCGCAGUGUUUGGUUUGGGCGGGGCUACGUGUCAGUGUCGGGCUCUUGCUGCCCCUGCACAGCGCGCUCCGCUGGUUCUGGGACAACAUGGCGUUGAAAAGGAUUCAGAAGGAACUGAUGGACUUGCAGAGGGAUCCUCCAGCUCAGUGCUCUGCCGGUCCGGUUGGUGAAGACUUGUUUCACUGGCAGGCGACUAUCAUGGGCCCCAAUGACAGCCCUUUCCAAGGUGGCGUUUUCUUCCUCACCAUUCACUUUCCCACAGAUUAUCCUUUCAAGCCCCCUAAGGUGGCAUUUACAACCAAAAUCUAUCACCCCAACAUUAACAGUAAUGGCAGCAUUUGCCUGGACAUCCUGAGGAGCCAGUGGUCUCCAGCUCUGACUGUAUCCAAGGUGCUGCUGUCCAUCUGCUCACUCUUGUGUGACCCCAACCCAGACGACCCUCUGGUGCCAGAGAUCGCUCACACGUACAAAGCAGACCGGGAGAAGUAUAACAGACUAGCACGAGAAUGGACAAGUAAAUAUGCAAUGUAACCCGCUCGAAAUAGCACAGCCAGACUGACAGACUGGAGAGGGUAGAGGCCCUCCCGACUUCUCUUGUUUAUCUUCUUGUGCCAACAUGCCCGCCACGUUUUUAUAGAACACCGACCAACCAAAAAAAAAGCAACUCCGAGGACGCUCCCGCCCUUUACAUUCAGCUCUCUGCAGCCUGGCUGAGGAAUAGUCGCCCAUUCCCACAUCUGCUGCUGUUAUACUAUUCUCCUUCUACGCCUGAAUCCUACGGGCUGAGAACCUUCCCCAUGUGCACUGAAACCCUCCCCCCCCCCCUCCAUGCUGUCCAGAUGCUCAUAUCACCUUACUCCCUUCUUUAAAUAACUCAGGACAUAGCGGUUUGUUUGGGAAGGGUCCCAUGAUCCUGCCCUCCUUCUCCCCCUCUGUAGCCCUCCCUUUCCCCAGUCCAGAGUAGCAUGGCUGGCAGCUGUUGUUGCUGGAGCAAGAGAAGACUUUUGUGGAAACUGGAGGAAGAUCAAGCAUUUGUCUCCAGGCCUUUUAUUCAUCGGUGAAGUCCUUCUCGUCCCCUUACCUGUCGUUUGCAUGGAGUAGAAGAUCCGAAAUGAAUAUGGAAUGGUGUGCAAUGUGUCUGGCACGCUCUUGGUACUGUUUGCAGGGCUACACUCCACAUACAGUCUGCCCUAAUGAACCGUGCUCCUUACAUUGUACGGUCCAAUGGUGGUACUUUGUAUCGUCCUAACAUCUCUGUGGAUAAACCCGCUGUGUGUACUAGUUCCAGAUUGUGUAGCAGCCCCCUGUGUUACUUUUAUCAUCACACACUAAUGCAUAUCAUUUUUGUGCUUUUUUAGUAGAUUUAACUCUAUUUGAAGGGCCCCGUUAUUGUAAACUAGGCUAAACAGUGGACAUGUAGUGCUGGAAACCAUUUAUAUACUGUGUUAAAGAGGACCUCUCGCCUCUCCGGACAUGUCUGUUUUGGUAAAUCCUUAUAUUUCCCAUUCCGGAGCAUCUUUUUUUGUAAGAUUGUGUUGUUCCUCUGUAAUUCCUCCUGAAGGUUUAUGAAUUCAUUGGCAAGUGGGUCUUAAC